AUGGGCCUGAGGCUGAAUACCCUCCAGCCGGCCCUGAGGUGGUCCCUUCGCCAUCAGUCCGUACUUGAAUUUUCUCGAAAUCAGAGCCGGACCUUCAUGGCUGAGGCCAAGAAGCAAAUGGAGGUGCAGGACGAGGGCCCGAUUCCCGAGCCACCUUCUCCCAACCCAAUAACAAGGAGAAUACAUAUACUGGGAACUGGAAACAUCGGAAGCUUUAUUGCACAUUCCCUUGCGGCACUACCAAAUAGGCCUCCAAUGACUUUGCUUCUACAUAAGCUUGAACAUUACUUUGCAUGGCAUAAGCAUGGAAAGCGUCUUACACUUGUGAAGAACGGAAUUGCAGAACCAAGGGGUGGAUUCGAUGUCAACGUGCUUAGGGAUGGCGUCUGGUAUGAGCCAUACAGGUCUGCCGAAUUUGAGUCGAGUCAGGGCGGAAAUGCCCGACCUAUAUCUCCACGGUGGGCAGACGAGCAGUUCCUCGAUGUGAACAACGAGAGGAUCGACAAUCUUAUUUUGGCGGUCAAAGCAACACAAGUCGAACAAGCUUUGAAAUCUGUGGCUCACCGACUCACCCCUAAGUCAGCGAUUGUCUUCAUCCAGAAUGGAAUGGGCAUUCGGGAAGAAGUCAAUGAGAAGAUUUUUCCGGAUCCCGCUACCAGGCCGAAUUAUAUCCAGGGAAUCACGUCGCAUGGAUUAUAUUACACAAAGGCUUAUCACAUUACUCAUGCCGGGGUUGGGACGUCUGCAUUUAGUAUCGUAUACCCCGAACGACCGCAACCGCCCGUCGACGAGUCGAGAAACGUGAAUCUUGGAGAGAAGUUUAGCGACAGGGAUUACUGGGCUAUUUCGUCCAUCUACUUAACCAACACCCUAAUCCGCUCGCCGGAACUGACAGCCAUCCGAAUCAAUAAAAACGAAAUGCUACAAUUUCAACUCGAGAAGCUUGCCAUAAACUGCGUGAUCAACCCUCUUACUGCUCUGAACGACUGUAAAAACGGCGAUCUUCUUUACAACUACAACCUCUCUCGAGUGCAAAGGCUGUUACUCAUUGAGAUCUCUACCGUGAUCCGCGCCCUUCCCGAAUUACAAGGCAUACCUGGCGUUACGGCUCGGUUUGCACCUGAAAGAUUACGCACUCUGGCAGUCAAUGUUAUGCACAAGACCGCAGAGAAUACAAGUUCAAUGCUACAGGACAUGAACAUAGGGAAAGAGACGGAAAUCGAGUAUAUCAAUGGGUAUAUCGUCCGUCGAGGGGAAGAGUUGGGAAUCAAAUGUGCUCUUAAUUAUAUGCUGGUACAAAUGGUGCUAGCAAAGACGAGAAUGCUCUCGAGGAAGAUGCAGGGCCACGUUCCCCUCGAUCCCUCUGUGCCACGAUGA